AUGUGGCCAACAAAGCAGCACAGCACUAAAGCCUGCUCCUGCUGUUGUCCCCUGCUGUCGUCCCCUGCUGUCGUCCCCUGCUGUUGUCCCCUGCUGUCGUCCCCUGCUGUCGUCCCCUGCUGUCGUCCCCUGCUGUCGUCCCCUGCUGUCGUCCCCUGCUGUCGUCCCCUGCUGUCGUCCCCUGCUGUCGUCCCCUGCUGUUGUCCCCUGCUGUCGUCCCCUGCUGUCGUCCCCUGCUGUUGUCCCCUGCUGUCGUCCCCUGCUGUUGUCCCCUGCUGUCGUCCCCUGCUGUUGUCCCCUGCUGUCGUCCCCUGCUGUCGUCCCCUGCUGUCGUCCCCUGCUGUCGUCCCCUGCUGUCGUCCCCUGCUGUUGUCCCCUGCUGUCGUCCCCUGCUGUCGUCCCCUGCUGUCGUCCCCUGCUGUCGUCCCCUGCUGUUGUCCCCUGCUGUCGUCCCCUGCUGUUGUCCCCUGCUGUUGUCCCCUGCUGUCCCUGCUGUCCCCUGCUGUUGUCCCCUGCUGUUGUCCCCUGCUGUCGUCCCCUGCUGUCGUCCCCUGCUGUUGUCCCCUGCUGUUGUCCCCUGCUGUUGUCCCCUGCUGUUGUCCCCUGCUGUUGUCCCCUGCUGUCGUCCCCUGCUGUUGUCCCCUGCUGUUGUCCCCUGCUGUUGUCCCCUGCUGUUGUCCCCUGCUGUUGUCCCCUGCUGUUGUCCCCUGCUGUCGUCCCCUGCUGUUGUCCCCUGCUGUUGUCCCCUGCUGUUGUCCCCUGCUGUUGUCCCCUGCUGUUGUCCCCUGCUGUUGUCCCCUGCUGUUGUCCCCUGCUGUUGUCCCCUGCUGUUGUCCCCUGCUGUUGUCCCCUGCUGUUGUCCCCUGCUGUCGUCCCCUGCUGUUGUCCCCUGCUGUUGUCCCCUGCUGUCGUCCCCUGCUGUCGUCCCCUGCUGUUGUCCCCUGCUGUUGUCCCCUGCUGUCGUCCCCCUGCUGUUGUCCCCUGCUGUUGUCCCCUGCUGUCGUCCCCUGCUGUCGUCCCCUGCUGUUGUCCCCUGCUGUUGUCCCCUGCUGUUGUCCCCUGCUGUUGUCCCCUGCUGUUGUCCCCUGCUGUUGUCCCCUGCUGUUGUCCCCUGCUGUUGUCCCCUGCGUCUGUCGUCCCCUGCUGUUGUCCCCUGCUGUUGUCCCCUGCUGUUGUCCCCUGCUGUCGUCCCCUGCUGUCGUCCCCUGCUGUCGUCCCCUGCUGUCGUCCCCUGCUGUUGUCCCCUGCUGUCGUCCCCUGCUGUCGUCCCCUGCUGUCGUCCCCUGCUGUUGUCCCCUGCUGUUGUCCCCUGCUGUUGUCCCCUGCUGUUGUCCCCUGCUGUUGUCCCCUGCUGUCGUCCCCUGCUGUCGUCCCCUGCUGAGCGGUGCACUCCGCUCUCUCAUGGUGGGACAGCUGUUUCCCUCUGUCUGUGUGGAGUAA